AUGAUGUCUGUGAAGGCGGCUGAAGCAGGGUCUAACGCACACACACACACACACACCGCAGGUUAUGCGGUCCACACUUUGAGGACAACGCAUUGUCGGGUUCGAACACAGCGGGACGGGGAACGCGGCACCAUGUCCGGCGGCUGGUGGAGCAGUGCAGCGGUGACCCACGGGCUCGUGGCGCUGUUCGCCAUGGGCUCCUGGAUUUCCGUCAACAGCCUGUGGGUCGAGAUCCCGGUGAUCGUCAGGGUGCUGCCCGAAAAGUGGACCCUGCCCGCCUACCUCUCCGUGCUCAUAGCGCUCGGGAACGUGGGCCCGGUCGCGGUGACCGUCACGCACCACUGCGCCCCGGGGAGGCUGGACGAGCGCCUCGUCAUCCACUGCAUCCAGGCGCUGGCGGCGGCGGUGUCUGCGUUUCUGGCCGUCUUCUGGUCGCACACCGUCACCGUCGCGGGGGCGGAGCGCUCGCUCCCGUUCCUGCUCUUCACGUUCCUGCUGUCCGUCGUCUGCUGCACGUCCACCGUCACCUUCCUGCCGUUCAUGUUCCGCCACCCGCCGCAGUACAUCCGCACCUUCUUCAUCGGCCAGGGCCUCAGCGCCCUGUUCCCCUGCGUCGUGGCGUUGGGACAGGGUGUGAGCAAGCUGCGGUGUGAAGCGGUGAACGGCACCGUGCACCCCGAGUAUCUGCGGGAGAACUUCCCCGCGCAGAACUUCUUCUGGUUCCUGUGUGUGAUGCUGUCGGUUUCCGCUCUGAGCUUCGUGGCUCUGACCCGGAGGCAGGAGUCCCAGCGGGACGCGGCGCCGGCGGCGAAGAGCGGGGACGAGACUCACCCGCUGCGAAACGGAGCGGCGGCGGUGGCGGAGGAGGCGGCGCCGGUGGCGGCGGAGGCGGCGCCGGUGCCGGUGGAGGCGGCGCCGGUGCCGGUGCCGGUGCCGGCGGACGCGGCGCCGGUGCCGGUGGAGGCGGACGCCCGGCCCUUCUGGACGGCGCACAACGCGUACCUGCUGGCGCUGCUCGCCGCCUCCAACGCCCUGACCAACGGCGUGCUGCCGUCGGUGCAGAGCUUCUCGUGUCUGCCCUACGGCUCCAUGACCUUUCACCUCUCCGUGGUCUUUGGAAACCUGGCGAACCCCGCGGCCUGCUUUCUAGCCAUGUUUUUCGUCCUCAGGUCCUCCGCGGGGCUCGGGGUCUUGUCUGUAGGAGGGGCGGUGUUCGCCGCCUACCUUCUGGCCCUGGCGGCCCUCAGCCCGUGUCCCCCCCUGCUGGGAACCCACGCUGGCGUGGCUCUAGUGGUCGCAUCGUGGAUCGCCUUCACCGGCGUCUUCUCCUACGUGAAGGUGGUGAUCGGCACGUUGCUGCACGAGGCGGGCCACGGCGCCCUGCUGUGGUGCGGCGUCUCCAUCCAGGCCGGCUCUCUGGUCGGCGCCGUCACCAUGUUCCCCCUGGUCAACGUGUACCACGUGUUCGCCAGCGCUCAGGAGUGUGUGGACAACUGCAAGCGGGGCUGAACUAUGUGUAUGUUUUACAUGUUGAAUCCCUCCUCACAGGAAGUGACUUUCAAGAACGCAGAGAGGUUUUAGUGAAGCACUCCGUUUGCUCUAUUUGUGGAUGAAGCUUCUUCUGACUCCGAGGCCUGUGACGUAAAGAGACUGUGAACAUUCCCUGAUAAUGGCUGAUCCGUGUUGCUGCAGAGGAGGAUGUUGAUUAAUACCUCUGUACUUCUUUGUGCGUUUUUUACAGUAACUCUGUGUAGCUGACGUUGUUUACACUUGUGUGAGUGUGUUUGAUAAGUUUUGCACUCAGGGACACUAUGUUAAUUGUAUGAUUAUUUGUUGACAUUUUAUAAUAUUUUUCACAGGAUCACAGUCACAUUCAGCUGCUGAAGCUAAUAUUUUUCUAACUACAGUAUUGCAGUAACUUUUAACAUUAACUAAUGGUUGAUGCGGAACAUUGAGCCUUUAUAUGACUGAUUGUAACAGAUAGGAAUUUUAAUUUGGAAUGACUGAUAUUUUAUAAAAGCAUUUUCAGUAACUCACUUUUUUAUGCUUAAACUCAUUAGUGAUGCUGCUACCGCUCAUCAACCUCUUCAGGUUUUACAGGUUUUACAGGUUUUACAGACUGAUCUGCUGCAUGUGCCUCGUGGCCGUGAUUCUGUUGCUUCGUGCUGAUCUCAUGUAAACUGGUGAUUUUUAUGGCUGCUGGCCUUUUUCCUACAGUUUUGUUGUGUACAGCCAAUCAUGUGAUGCCGAAGGACCUGAAGAAUAAAGAUUUGUUAAAAAGGU